AAAAAAAAAACGGUGGCUAAUUGAUUAUUCCGCGCUCGAGCGAUGACUUGGAUGCGCUAUAGCGACGCGCGCGCUGCUGUAAUCUUGUAACUCACUCGCUACUCAGUACGAUCGUCCGCGCGCAGUAUCGGCGACGCAUAUAAAACUCGCUUUCUCUUUCUCUCUCUUUGUUGUCAAUCUAUUUGGAAAAUGGCCAAUUCUAAGCGAGUCGAGUCGAAGCUAAUGUCAAUGAUCAGGAUGGCCACCAGGUCGAUGAGCGUGUCGGAUUCAGCAGCAGCAGCAGCAGCGGCAAGUAGUAGUAGUGCUGCAAAUCUCAGCAAGGAUGAAAGUCACUCACUCGUCGAUGUGUCGUACGACCAGCAGACUGGUAUAUCCACGCUGAGGAUGCGUAGCGCGCCAGUCAACAGCUUGAGCGUGGACAUGUGCCGCGCGCUCAAGGCGGCCCUCGACAAGGUCAUGGUCAAGGGCAGUACCGGCCUCAUCCUGACCUCGUCGCUGGCCCGGCUCUUCUCCGCGGGCUUCGAUCUCAAGGCCAUGCACGAGCCCGACGUGGAGCAUCUGCGCGAGUCCUGGCACGCACUGCAGGAUCUCUGGCUGAGUCUCUACGCGAUGAGGAUACCCACGGUCGCCGCCAUCAACGGAGCCUGUCCGGGUGGAGGCUGCCUGCUGGCCUUGGCGUGCGAUUACAGGGUCAUGCUGAGCGGCGAGCACACGAUCGGCGUCGUCGGAGCCAAACUCGGACUAGCCACCCCCAAGUGGUUCAACGACUCCAUGAUCGCCGUGGUGGGCUACAGACAAGCCGAGCUGGCGCUCAUGAGGGCGACUUUGUUCAAACCCGAGGAAGCCCUGAAGAUCGGUCUGAUCGACGAGAUAGCCAGCGACGAGGCGGACGCCCUGCUCAGGUGCACCUGUUACAUCAGAAGCUACGAUCACAUCUUGCCCGAGGCAAGAGCGGACAUGAAGCUGACCCUGAGGCGGCCGGCGAUCGAGUGGCUCGAGUCCAACCGACAAUUGGACACCGAGUCGUUCAUCAAGUCGGUGCAGAGGCCCUACGUCCAGAAGAUCAUCGGCGACUUUCUUCGAUCCCGCAGGAGAUCCGCGCUCUAAUGCUUUUGUAACACGAUACCGUAUACGUUCGGUCGUGAAUUGCCUGUACCUGAUGUACUGAAUUAAUUAAAAUAAAGGAAUUGUGCAUAGGUUUUGAAUUUAAA